UGGUUGUCCCCCCCACAACUGGGUUGCUCGCCUUUCCUCAUGUCAUUCCCGACGAAGACGGACGAACCGGACCGGACCCUUUUCGUGGGGAAUUUGGAGGGUCGCGUGCGAGAGGAGAUCCUUUACGAGCUUUUCCUGCAGGAAAGAAAAUCCUGCAGUGGAAGGAAGGAAUGAUGAUCUGUUUGCACUCUGUCAUCCCAAUCCAAGAGCUGCUUCCCUGCUUUUCUGCCUAUUCUUCAUUGGCUCCUCUUACUGCUGAUUUGCAGUAUGGUUGAUGUGAACUACUCUUGUAACCACAAGCCCAUCGGAUCUUCUGAACAGGCUGGCCCAAUAACCAAAGUGACCAUAUGCAAAGACAAAGAUGGAAGACCCAAGACUUUUGGAUUUGUGUGCUUUAAACAUACUGAGUCCGUGCCUUAUGCCAUAGCUUUGCUGAAUGGGAUUCGUUUAUAUGGAAGACCAAUUAAAGUGCAGUACCGCUUUGGGAGUUCACACUGUCCAGAGUUAAGCAAUCAUUGCCAGAAUGUGGAAAGCACUGCUGAUAUACAGUCACCAACAUACAGGAAUUCAGAGCUUUAUGGUACACCUCCAUUACCUGUUAGUCCUUUCCAGAUUAACAGUAGUCCACUUCAGGGAUAUUCUUCUUUUCAAAACAUGAUGACUUAUUUCUUAGCACAGCAAUAUAUACCAUAUAAUACAGUGGAACAACAGUUUCCUUACUACCAGAUGAUACCACCUCCACCACAGUUUCCAAGUUUUCCUGUAUCACCCUACUCAAAUCCUGGACAAACCUCUUUUGAACAUGUGUACUCAGAACCAAAGAACCACACACUACAUCCAUUGAAUGAAGACAUGCCUAAAAUGAAAAGACAGCGUGAAACUAGUGAUAGUGACAGUAGCGUGGAAAGUGAUAGGAAAAAAACAAAGAGAAAAUGAAUGUAUAAAGAUAUAAACAUUAUAUUGUGGUAUUGACAUCAUAGUUUUCAGUUUUGCUAUGUAGGAGACCCUCUUCAUAUGUUACAAAAUGGUAUUGUGAAGAAUAUGACAUACUCAUUACAGUAAUCACAGUCUGAAGGAGAUUUACAAUGGAUUGGCAGAAAGUAUUAUGAAAGUAGACUUUUUUCCAGUUAAAAAUCGAGAGGUAACAUUUUGGAGUUUUAUUUACCAUAGCAGAAUGCUUCAUCAGGUCCAGUUAAUGCACAUAUGUGCAGUCUUGGAAAUCAGCUGAAUAGAUGCAACACUGUUGAUAACUUUAGCCUGGCUUGCAGUUUAACACUGUUCAGUGAAAGCUUUCCUUUUGCUUUGUUUUGCCAAUUAAAUAUAUAGUUCAGCUAUUCCUAGAUUGUUCCAUUUCAGAUUAUAGACGGAACAUUGCAUGUUGGAUUGCUCCCUCACAUUAAAAACAACAACAAAAAACCCUCUAUGCAGAAUGCUAGCGUGGCAGAAAUCUUAAUGGUGAUGUGUUAGUGUAUGUUCAGGAAGGGUUUUUUUAAUGUGUGUGUAUGUAGGGGGACAUUAAAUAUGUUAUCCUGCUGCAUCCAAUGAUACAGUCCCCACUGGUUCCUAGUGCUGUGUUUCAAGUGGCUAUAAGGCUGCAGUUUGAUCCUAUACAACUUUGUUUGAAAGUGCCAUUGUAUUCAAUGGUGUGCUCUCUAAAGUAAGUAUGCAUAGGAUUUGAGUCUGCUUUGGUAAUACAUAAACUUGUUGUAAUCAGCAGAACUUCAUUCUAAAUAAAUAUAUUUAGGAACGCAUAUCAGGAUUAUAAUUCAUUCACAUCUACUAAAGGGAUUUAAAAAGUACGUUGCAAGUUCUUCAUGUAUCUGGAAACGAUGAGUCUUUAAAAAUAUAUGGUCAUAUUUUGAAGCUAUAAAUGCUUUAUAAAACAGUAUCUGAACUCAAGGGCUUACAGAUACUAGUAUCUCUAGGAGAUUCUGAUUUGCAAGGUCUG